CACACAAUCGAUCAAUCAAUCGGGCCAUGUGCGCCGCCAAAUGCAAAGCGAACUUUUUUCUACCUUGAAUAUUUUCCCUCUCCUUCAAUCCUCCAUCUCACGCCAACCGGUUGACUUCUUCUACUAACAACAGGGAAUCAAUCGAAGAUGUCUCACCGUAAGUUCGAGGCGCCUCGCCACGGUUCGUUGGCUUUCUUGCCGCGAAAGCGUGCUGCUCGUCACCGAGGAAAGGUCAAGUCUUUCCCCAAGGAUGACCCCAAGAAGCCCGUCCACCUCACCGCCGCCAUGGGCUACAAGGCCGGUAUGACGACCAUCGUCCGUGACCUCGACCGACCCGGCGCGAAGUCGCAUAAGAAGGAGAUUGUUGAGGCUGUUUCCAUUAUUGAUACCCCACCUAUGAUCGUUGUUGGUCUUGUGGGCUACAUCGAGACUCCCCGGGGUCUACGAUCUCUCACCACCGUCUGGGCUGAACACUUGAGUGACGAGGUCAAACGUCGCUUCUACAAGAACUGGUACAAGAGCAAGAAGAAGGCUUUCACCAAGUACGCCAAGAAGCACGCCGAGAGCAGCGGCUCCUCCUUCACUCGUGAGCUCGAGCGCAUCAAGAAGUACUGCACUGUCGUCCGUGUGCUUGCCCACACCCAGAUCCGCAAGACUCCUUUGAAGCAGAAGAAGUCCCACCUUAUGGAGAUCCAGGUCAACGGUGGCUCCAUCGCCGACAAGGUGUCCUUCGGCCACGGUCUCUUUGAGAAGCCCGUCAGCAUCGACUCCAUCUUCGAGCAGGAUGAGAUGAUCGAUGUCAUUGCCGUCACCAAGGGUCACGGUUUCAACGGUGUCACAGCCCGUUGGGGUACCAAGAAGCUGCCGCGCAAGACACACAAGGGUCUCCGCAAGGUUGCUUGUAUUGGUGCCUGGCACCCGUCUCACGUCCAGUGGACUGUUGCCCGUGCUGGUCAAAUGGGUUACCACCAUCGUACAUCAGUCAACCACAAGGUCUACCGUAUUGGCAAGGGUGACGAUGAGGGUAACGCCUCUACUGAGCAGGAUAUCACAAAGAAGACCAUCACUCCUCUUGGUGGUUUCGUCCGAUAUGGUGACGUUAAGAACGACUUCGUCAUGGUUAAGGGCUCUAUUCCCGGUGUCAAGAAGCGGGUUAUGACACUCCGCAAAUCCAUGUUCGUCCACACAUCAAGAAAGGCCUUGGAGAAGGUUCAACUGAAGUGGAUCGACACGUCAUCCGAGUUUGGUCACGGUGCUUUCCAGACUCCGGCCGAGAAGAAGCAGUUCAUGGGUACGCUCAAGAAGGACCUGGUACAGAGCUCGUAAGGCAGCUUUGUAUUUCCGUAUUUUAGUCUUUGCAUCGGUGUUCUCGGUUCCCUUUUCGGCUACUGCAAUGGACGUGGUGGGCUUACGGAUUGGCAUAUGAGUUGCAGCUAAUGAGAAACUGCAUGAAUGAAAAAAAGCCCAUUUAGAUUCCCAAUUGCACAUAAUUUCUUCUCGUGAGUUCUGUAUUAUGAUUAAGACCCAACUUGGGAGGUGUGAGUUAGCUGUUCCCCAAGACUCGAUAUAUACUCUUGAACUUGUCAAAGCCGUAUACCUACUGCUAGCGAGUAAUAUCAAAGGAAAAUAAGAACCGUACAUUGUUGUUGCCUUCGAAAAA